UAAACUCUGAAAAGAAAGAUUCUAUACUAUUUUAAAAGACUUUAUAUCAUAAUAAGAAUUCAUGAGAUUAUGAAAGUAUAAAAUUAGUUAUUGAACAUAUACAUUCGUAUUCUACAUGAAAUUAUGAAUAAAUUCGUUCUUGAAUUUUAUAAUUAUUUGUUCAACAAGCUUAAUGAUACUUAUGUUUCUGUUUCCAAACCUAAUUAUAUUCAUAUAGCGAUGGAAUUAAUUGAAGAAGAUUUUAAUAUAUUUCAAAAUGCUGUUGAAAAGAAUUCUUUUGAUGAAGAAAAUUUCAAAACUGCACUCUUUCAUUGUUUCUUUUAUUCAGGUAAUAACAUUGAUUGUACAGUAUUUGUUAAUUUUUAUGCUAAAUUUGAUUUUAUGUUAAUUAAUAUAGAAUUUACCUGUUUUUCAUUUAUAUUACGAUUACUUGUUCAACUUGCACAAGUUCAUGUUAUAUCUUUAUUUGAAGUACAUCAACAUAUUUCAAAUGUUAUUGCAAACUUAUCAUCUAAUCAUGAUUAUAUAGAUAAACUUGAUAAAAACCAUAUUUUUCAAUAUUUACUUAAUCUUAGUUGUGCAAAAGAGACACAAUCAUCGUUAUCAAAACUCGCAUUAAUUACUGAAAAAGAUAUUGACAACAAAUUUAAUAAUGAGCUUUAUUCUAUUAAUAAGAACUCAAUUCUAUUUCUUAAAAGAAAUUAUUUUCUUAAUGAAUUUCGAACAAUUUUUAGUAAUUCUCUCUGUAAUUGA